CCCAGCCUGAGUGUCCCCUCCCCCCAGGUCACCCCCUUUGACCUGUCAAUCCCCUCCCUCCGGGUCCCCAGCAAGCUUUUCGGUUUGGCUUCUCUGCACUCUCAUGACCGAUUGCCCUACAUCUUGGCGCUCCCAGACUCGGGCCUUCUCCAGCACCGGAGUCGUCUGGUUUGCUCGCUUUACACUCCAAGCGCCUAGUACCGAGCCUGAGUGGGUGCCAGAGGGCGCGCCUAGGCUCAGGCUGGCUCCACCCGCCCCGUGCCUCCCCUCGGCCUUCCCCGUGGUCCUGAGGGUGCCCGCUGUCCUGCAUCUCCCGUGCAUCGGGCUGCCGGUAGCUCCGGCCGCCCGGCGGCGGCGGCAGCAGCAGCAGCACCGGGAGAGCCCCGCAGGCGGACUACAAGUCCUGGCAAGCCGCGCGCGGGCCGCGCAUGCGCAGUGGGGACCGGCGUUUGAGUGGCAAGUUGUUUGUUACAGCGAACACCAGCUGCUCCCCGCGCCGGCGCCCGCGCGCCGCUGCUCCGCAGCUUGGCCCCUCGGCUGCUGCUCCGCUGGCACUGCCUCCCUCGACCCGUGGCUCCCCCUCGCAACUUGGCGGGCCUCCUCCCUUUUGUCCGGCCUGGUCCGGCCGCCGCCGCCCCCCGCGCCUGGCGCCGAGCUCCCGGGUCCCCGGGCCGGCUGUCGGUGCCGGCAGGGCGCGGAGGGGGCGGGGGCCGCGGCUCGUCCCCCCGCGGAUGAGCUGCCGCGGACGGGGCGCGGGCGGACGAUGGAACUCCACAUCCUGGAGCACCGGCUGCAAGUUGCCAGCGUCGCCAAGGAGAGUAUCCUGCUGUUCACCUACGGCCUGAUCAAACUUGCCUUCCUGUUCUCCAAGACCAGGUGCAAGUUCUUCAGUCUGACUGAGACGCCAGAGGAUUACACUAUCAUUGUCGAUGAGGAAGGAUUCCUAGAGCUGCCCUCCUCGGAGCACCUGAGUGUGGCGGAUGCCACCUGGUUGGCCCUGAACGUGGUGUCCGGCAGUGGCAGCUUCUCCAGCUCCCAGCCUAUUGGCGUGACCAAGAUCACCAAGUCAGUCAUCGCCCCACUGGCUGACCAGAACAUAUCUGUGUUCAUGCUGUCCACGUAUCAGACAGACUUCAUCCUGGUGCGCAAGCAGGACCUGCCCUUUGUCACCCACACGUUGUCAUCAGAGUUCACCACUGUGGUCAGUGGCGAGACUGUGGCAGCCGAGAACCUCGGCAUCACCAGUGGCUUCGUGAAGCCCAAGCUGGUCCAGAUGCCGGUCAUCCACCCACUGUCCAGCCCGAGCAACAGGUUCUGUGUCACCAGCCUGGACCCUGACACGCUGCUUGCUGUUGCCACACUCCUCAUGGAUGUCAUGUCCUACUUCAAUGGGGCCUUGGUGUACCUUGUUGUAGUGUUUGAAAACAUCUGAGGCUGCAUCCAUCUCCAGCACCCCAUAAAGCAACAGCUUGCAGAACCC